CGCGGGGGCGGGGAGGUGGGUGUACGAACGGAAGCCCAGGCAGGACACGCGGUCGGGGGCGGGAAGUACGGACGCCAGAGCGGCGCCCGGGGUGAGAAACGGGGCCGGCGUAGGUCCGGGACGCAACUGGCGCCCUGUCUUGGAGGCCGGCGGCUGCGUCUUUUUUGCGGCUCUCCCGGGGGACACGAGGGGCGAGGUGGACAUGGCGGAACGGCCAGAGGACCUGAACCUUCCCAACGCCGUCAUCACCAGGAUCAUCAAGGAGGCGCUCCCAGACGGCGUCAACAUCUCCAAAGAGGCCCGAAGUGCCAUCUCUCGGGCUGCCAGCGUGUUCGUGCUGUACGCCACGUCCUGUGCAAACAACUUUGCGAUGAAAGGAAAACGGAAGACCCUAAAUGCUGGUGAUGUACUGUCAGCAAUGGAAGAGAUGGAAUUUCAGCGAUUCAUUUCCCCUUUGAAAGAAGCACUAGAUGCAUAUAGGCGUGAACAGAAAGGUAAGAAGGAAGCUUCGGAGCAAAAAAAGAAGGAUAAAGAUAAAAGAACAGAUUCUGAGGAGCAAGACAAGAGCAGGGAAGACGAUGAGGAUGAUGAAAGAAUGGAAGAGGAGGAGCAGAAUGAUGAAGAAGAGGUUGACAAUUGAGCAUCUUGGAGAGAAUGUCGAGUCAGAUGAUAAGAAACUUGGGGUUCAGCACUGUUGCCUCCAUUGUACUGUUUGACAGAGAAUUCUGUGGCCUUUCCCUACACUGCUAAGAAUGUUUAUAUAUGAGGACCUGAGAAUACUUCUUGAAUAAUCCCCAAACCAGAGUUUCUCUGAAUGAGAUCUUUCUGAUUUCAUUUUACAUAAUCCAUAAAUUGUGACAUUUUGACAAGGUAGGUUAUGCCAUUUAAUCAAAUUUUUAUGGGAAAAAAUGUAGAAGAUUCAUAUAUUUUACUUCCUGUUUUAUGACCCAAAUUUCAUAACUAUUAUUUAGGAGCUGUAGAGGCAGCUGAAAAUUGGAGAGGUUUGAACUCUGAGCAUGAGUAGCCUGUGAAAGAUUGAUUAUAGCUCAUUGAAAGAGUAGUAGAGGCACUCUGGAUUUGGUGGACUAUACAAAAAAGUCUGGGGUAAAGAAUGCAACUCUCAUCCCUUUGAAGGUAACUUUCAGCAAGGUUCUCUUUUCUUUGGUUUGUAAUAGCUUCCUAAGUCUUCCUUCACCUAUUCUCUUGCUGAGUUUGGAGCUUGGUCUCUAUUUGCCGCACCCUACUUAGCACUUUGUGUAGGUUCUGAAGUUUGCACUUCACUAUAUUAGUGGAAUGUUGGGUCUAACGUAAAGUAGGUAUUUCACCUCAAAAUUCUCUUCCCCUUAACCUGCCUACUGAACAAAAAUUUGAAAACAGACCUUGAUCUUUUUGUACACAUCGUCCCUUUACUUUUGGUUUUGUAAUGAACCUCACAGGUGUCUCAUCCUUUUAGCGCUUGACUUUUUUACUUAAUAAAUGACAAGCUCCAAAAUUCAUUUUCUCCAGGUAUUACACACUCACUCCCUCCAAACUGUUCUUUACUUUGCUAACUUGUGACCUUCAAUCCAGCUUAAUUUUUAAAAUGUAAGGUUUUCUUCCAGUCCCAGAGUAUUGACUCUUGUCUUUUAAAGACAGCUUGAUAAAAUAACUGUUAAUGAAGUAUAAUAAUGCUUAGGAAUAUAACUCUAGUAAACCACCCUUCUAAAGUGGUUUUGAUGGGGCCUUCAUCUAUUGUUAGACUCCCCUUCCAUUCACUCCCAAGUACUUUUGUCUUCAAGUUAAGUGGUUAUUUCUGAAGGUUGGAAGCUCUUAAGAGACCUUUGUCCCUAUGACCAAAAAAAAAAAUCUGUUCAGCUACAGGGGGCUCCUACAGUGACCACAUUCAGUCCCUCUAUUAAGAGCUACCUUGAGAAUUAGGAGUGAAGGUUCUUGCCAACUUCUCCCCCUAGUCAGCCUUAAUUUUUCUGGUCUGUGGAGUAUGACAGGUGAACAAAUGUAAUCUGCUACCAUUUACUCAUUAAUGGAUUACAGGAACAAGUUUGUUGAUAAAUGAGGGAAGAAUUUCAUUUUACUCUUCAUUUGGGGGAGACAAAUAUAAUAGUUUGUAUAAAUAAAGAAUGUUGUUACAAUUGUUA